GGUAGAUGUUCCUGUCUGACCUCUUCUACUUCCUUUCUUGUGGCGGCCGUCGAGUAAAAUGGCAAAGAUCAAGGCCAGAGAUCUGCGCGGGAAGAAGAAGGAGGAGCUGCUGAAGCAGCUGGAUGACCUGAAAGUGGAACUUUCCCAGCUUAGAGUGGCUAAGGUCACGGGUGGUGCUGCCUCCAAACUUUCAAAGAUUCGUGUUGUGCGCAAGUCCAUUGCCAGAGUUCUUACCGUCAUCAACCAGACCCAGAAGGAGAAUCUGAGGAAGUUCUACAAGGGGAAGAAGUACAAGCCUCUGGACCUGAGGCCAAGAAAGACUCGCGCUAUCCGCCGGCAGCUCACCAAGCACGAGCAGGGCCUCAUGACCAAGAAGAUGCAGAGAAGGUCACGCCUGUACUCCAUGCGCAAAUUUGCUGUCAAGGCUUAAGGCUGUGUGUUGUUCUUGAAUAAAAUGCCCCACCCCUGGACAAAGA